AUGGCUGCCAAAUUCAAAGAAUUCACGUCCGAACAUUUGAAAAAUAUCCACAAGCCGGAUAUCGAUUUGACAGAUGUGAAGAGAACUGUUGUUAGAGCUCCGCAAAUCAUUAGCAAGAAAGCAAACAUUGGUUCCCAUACUGUCGAUAUCGAAUUUGAUGAAUUAUAUAAAAAAUUGAUUGAUACCGAGAAUAGACUAAACCAGCUUGUUAGGGAAACGUCAGUAAAUGUGAAAUCUCACAAGAGUUUUUUGAAUCAUUGCCAAGAAAUUGCCAAAGACUGCCUUGCUAUUCUCCAAGCAUCAAUUGAUGAAGCGAAAGACGAAAACGAGGAUGGCACACAAAAUGAGUAUGCCCCUUUCCAAACUGCGGAGGAAAUAGAGAGAUUUGAAUAUGAAGCAAGUAAACGUGAAAUUAUCGAAAAAUAUUUGCAAACAACCACCGAUAUGUCUCCAGCGAUAAUUUUGGAAUUGCAGCAAUUAGAAGAGAAGUUGACAAAAACCGUCCAUGAGAUUUUGAACAUGAUCAAAAAAAUCAAAAAAAAUUCCAAAGAAAGAGAAUUGGACCUAUUGGAUAUUGACAAACACCAAAAGUCUUUGGAUAAAUUAUCUAGUAAGCCGGAGCUCACGGCAAAGAAUGAAGAGCAUAAAUUGACUUUGGAACACAAACUCGAAGCUGCUACAGAAAAGUAUACUAGGCUCAAUGAGACCAUGAAACGUGAAUUGCCAUAUUUUUUCCUAAUGAUUAGUCAAAUUAUGACCCCAUUAACUGACAUUAUUUUUUGGUCUUUUGAUGUCGUUAGUUAUCAAUAUUUCCAAACUGUUAAUUUGAUGAAAUCAGAUUAUGGUAUUACACAAGAUAAAUUCAAUUUAGGAGAAUGUGAAGAAGUAGUGAACGAUUUCUAUGCAAAAGUUAGACCUGUUAAUCAAGAGAUUCAAAAAUUAUCUAUUAUCAAUUAUUCAAAGAGUUAUUUACAAGAUUUGACAAAUUCAGAUACUCCUCCCAUAGAUUCUUUGGAUAUUUCUGAAAGGUCAUUUGAUUUAUACGAAUCUGGUACUGCGAUUGAUAAAUAUAAAGUUCUCUUCGAUUUCAAGCCAGAGCAGGAGAACGAUUUAGCACUUUCUAAAGGAGAGGAAAUUAUGGUAUUAAAUAAAACUGACAACAAUUGGUGGAAAUGUAGAAACUCUGAAGGAGAAAUUGGAAUGAUUCCUGCAAAUUAUGUUGAAAGAAUUUGA